GACAAACUCUGUAGAGAGACAAACUCUGUAGAGAGACAGCAGAGAGAGAGAGAGCAGAGAGAGAGACAGCGGAGAGAGACAAACUCUGUAGAGAGACAAACUCUGUAGAGAGACAAACUCUGUAGAGAGACAAACUCUGUAGAGAGAGACGGCAGAGAGAGAGACAGCGGAGAGAGACAAACUCUGUAGAGAGAGACAGCAGAGAGAGGGACAGCGGAGAGAGACAGCAGAGAGAGAGACAGCGGAGAGAGACAAACUCUGUAGAGAGAGACAGCAGAGAGAGAGAGACAGCGGAGAGAGACAAACUCUAGCGAGAGACAAACACAGCGACGCAAAUACUGGAGAGAUACAGCGACACACACGAGACACAAACACUAGAAAGAGACAUCAAUAACCGCAGCGACACACACACGGGAGGGAGACAGCGACACACGAGAGAGACACACGGGAGAGAGACAGCGACACACGAGAGAGACACACGGGAGAGAGACAGCGACACACGAGAGAGACACACGGGAGAGAGACAGCGACACACGGGAGAGAGACACACGGGAGAGAGACAGCGACGGCGAUAAACACAGCGACAAAGUAGACACGGCGUCCGACUCCAGCCGCCCGCCCUACUUACUCCUCCAGCCGCAUGCAUUCUCAUAACCGCGACGUUACGAUUCGCGCUCUCGCAAGCCGCCACCGCACGUAGACGACAACAACAACAGCAGCAAGCAGUUCACUGGCGGUGGCAAUCGGCUCUGGCGGGAGUGGACGUGGCCACCACCGCCACAGUCCGUGGGAGAAGCCAAACUCCGACUGAGCCCGGUGCGCGUCGCUGUUUGCACGGUGACGAGGGAGGAGGAGGAGGCGGCGGCUGGCGCGGUGGUGGUGGUGGGGUGGGGGUGGGAGGAGAGUAGCGGACAGCAGCAGCACACACACACAGAGAGAGAAGCAGAACGCGACAGCAGCAGCGGAGGCGGCGGUGUGUCUCGGCCGAGAGAGGCAGACGAGACGAGAGAGAGUCACCAAGCGGCCACGUCAGAGUGACGGCGGAGAGAAGCAGGCGCCGUUGACGGUGGGAGCGAGGCGGACAGAGCGAGAGAGCGAGAGGCUGCAGACGACGGUAGCAAGGGCGCAACCAAGUAAAACGACGUCAGCAGCAGCAGCAGCAGCAUCGCAUUCAGCUGCAGCGACGGUGGCAGACGAACCGGCAGCAGUAACAGCAGCAGCAGCAGUAACAGCAGCAGCAGUAACGGCACCAGCGGCAGAGAUGGCAGCGAACAACAGCGCCGCGGUGAGCGUGCCCAUCAGCAUCGGCGCCAGCAAAACCAAGACGAAGAAGAAGCACUUCGUGGCCCAGAAGGUGAAGCUGUUCAGGGCCAGCGAGCCGCUCUUCAGCGUCCUCAUGUGGGGCAUCGACCACUCGAUCAAUGAGCUGACCCAUGUGCCCAUCCCCGUCAUGCUGCUGCCAGACGACUUCAAGGCUUUCACGAAGAUCAAAGUGGACAAUCACCUAUACAACAACCCUAAGUCCGGGGUUGGAAAUUGCACGUACCUAAGAGAGAACAUGCCGAGCCAUUUCAAGUUCAAGGAGUACUGCCCGUUGGUGUUCCGCAACCUCCGUGAGAGGUUCGACAUCGACGACCAAGAUUUCCAGCGCUCUCUGACAAAGUUGCCGCCUCAAGAGCUGGACAAAGCCAUCUUAAGUGCCACCGCCUGCAAUCAGAAUUCGGUGAUUCGGAGCGCGCCCGUGUGCAUUGACGCGCAAGGCCGGAGCAGCGCCCGCUUCCUCACCACCUACGAUCGCAAGUUCGUCAUCAAGACGAUCGUGAGCGAGGACGUGGCCGAGAUGCACAAUGUCCUCAAGAAAUACCACCAGUUCAUCGUGGAGUGCCACGGGAACACGCUGCUCCCACAGUUCCUGGGCAUGUACCGGCUCACGGUGGACGGCGUGGAGACCUACAUGGUGGUGACGCGCAACGUCUUCAGCCAGCGCCUCGUCGUGCAUCGCAAGUACGACCUCAAGGGCUCCACGGUCGCAAGGGAAGCGAGCGAGAAAGAGAAGGCGAAGGAGCUGCCCACGUUCAAAGACAACGACUUCAUCAACGAGAAGCAGAGGAUCGUGAUCGGAGAGGAGAACAAGAAACUCUUCCUCGAAAAGCUGAAGAGGGACGUGGAGUUCCUAGCGCAGCUGAAGAUCAUGGACUACAGCCUGCUGGUGGGCAUCCACGAUGUGGAGCGCGCCGAUCAGGACGACGACGACGUGGAGGAGGGGGAGGAGGGCGGCGAGGGCGGGGAGGAGGGGGAGGGCGGCGCGGAGUGGGCGGGGGGCGACGACGAGACCGGGUCGGACGCCAACGGCUCGGGCGGCCCCGCGGGGGCGGUGGGCUCCUACGGCACGACGCCGCCCGACUGCUCGGGCUUCUCCGUGGCCGCCUACAAGCCCAUGGGGCCCGGCGAGUUCGACCCCAACACGGACGUGUACGCGCUCAAGGCCCACGAGAGUGCUCCGCGGAAAGAAGUUUACUUCAUGGCGAUCAUCGACAUCCUCACCCACUACGACGCCAAGAAGAAGGCCGCACACGCAGCCAAGACUGUGAAGCACGGGGCUGGAGCGGAAAUCUCGACGGUGAACCCCGAGCAGUAUUCCAAGCGAUUCCUGGACUUCAUGGCGAGCAUUCUAGAAUAGCUUCAAUCCUGCCUCCUGGCCUUCGCUUAAAGGCUACAACGUGAAUGGUGUAUUAUUGAUAUUAUUAAUAUGGUUAUCAUUAUUAUUGUCAACAAGUUGAUGAGUAAAGUGGGACAAUGUUGUUACAUAAAAAAAGAGAAAAAAAAAAACAUUUUUAAAAAAAUGUUUGUUGUUCCAGUGAGUUUUACGCAGCAGAACUUGUGACAGAGUCGUGGAGAGGCGGAGAUGAUGUGGGGGAGUGAGAGAGGGAGGGAGCGGGAGGGUACGGGGAGUGCCGGGGGGGAGGGGGGUGAUAUGAGUGUUUUUUUCUGCCAUUGCCUUUGCACUAGUUCCGUUAACACCACGACACGACACGCGGGGGUUGGGGUGGGUGGUAGACGGCGAGGGAUGCAGACUAACGGAGCGACUACUACGAGUGUGCGCGCGCCGCCUCCUCGUCAGCCGAGCCUUUCAUCUUUCCUCUUUCUCUCUGCUGGCCACCUGUGGGCGACCUUUAAUCAAUCACCACGUCGACCGGUUGCCGUGCGUCGCUUCAUGCAGGCCUCGUGGGGAAAUGCUCCCCUUAAUUUCACGAUACAACGACGUGGGUCACCCGCGAGUUCAUUCCACGUCUCCUCUCGCUCGCUCGCCGCUCACUUGCUCGUCGCUCACUCGCCGCACGGACGACGAGACGGCUCUUGCUGCGACGGCAGCUCUUGCCGCGGCAGAAGUGGGAUGAGCGACCACGGCACGCGGGGACCCACGGCACGCGGGGACCCACGGCACGCGGGGACCCACGGCACGCGGGGACCGCAUUCCCGUGUCUUGAGCGCGCUCAGCUCAGCUCCCGAGCCGGCUGGACGCGAAGUUGACGGCUCGUCGGCUGCAGCCGCCCCCCCGGUGGUUUCCCGCGGGGGAGUUGGGAGAAGCACCCCGCUGUAGGAGUGGGCAGCGCACGCCCCGUGGCAUCGGUUUCCCAGGUGUUGGCCUGCUGUGUGCUGUCAUCUGCCCAGAUCUGGAAAGAUUUGAAAUGUUUCCCGUGACUAAAUUGCAACGACAAAAAUGACACAUUUUCUGCGUUUUUCCCCUUACCCCGAGUCUCGGGUCUCGUGCACAGACGAGAGAGAUUGCGUCCCAGAGGCGGGGUGGGAUAAGGUUGAGUGCAGAUCACCGAAUAGAAGCGAGGAGCAAGUUGAACUAGAGGCAGUGGCCUUGCAGGAACGACUGUGGUUGGCCCUUGGAUUUGAGGUUGUUGUUUUUCACGCAGACAGCUCGCGCCCGGCCGUAGCCGCAAACGCCUGUCAAGCUCACGGGACGUUCGCACCGCCUCCGACACACAGACUCGGCCACCAGCUCUGGACUUGAGAGCCCGGGUUGAGGGUAGCAGAGAGCGAGAGAGGUGAGGCAUGGGAGAUGGGAGGAGGAUUGGUGAGCGCCACAGUGAGGAGUUGACGGCCGUCUGGAAAUCUUAGGCAGGUUGUGCUCGUUGAUUUGUCACAGCCGUUUAACAGCAAUCUGCUACGUUCCUUCUUCUUGCACAAUUGGCGAUUCAUUUUCCGGAACUCUUUCGUCCCCCAAAAGUUGCAACACCAGAAGUUACGACGGGCGUCAUUGUUUGUGGCUGCUAAAAAAAACAAUUUUGCCUUUCGCGUGUCAAUCCAUCGUGGGAUGAUUCGAUUGUGCCGAUGACAAGUCUCAGAAGACGGUCAAAGUAUGCGGUGUCAUUCGAAGAGCCAAAGCCCACAAUGAAAAAACUGCACGCCUGCUCGUGAUUCAAAGGCCAAAUGACGCGAGUGCAUCGUUUUAUAGACGCCGCUAGGGUUUGUUGCCACUUGUUUGUGCAUGGAGAGAUCGAUACAUACGCAUCUCAAGGAGGCCACCACAGACAGAGAAUGCACACACAGAGCGCUCCCCAGAUGCGCUCUGCUGGCUCGUAAGACAGACACCGUCGGUGACAAACGGUGGCUAGGAGAUGUUAACUCCCUCGCCUGGUAUACAGGAGGUCGUGGGUUCGAUCCCGACCCUGACGAUGCCUGCUGCUGUAUAUUUGGAGUGCCUCUCUCCCCUUGGUCACGUGGAUUUUUCUCCGGGUCCUCUGGUUUUUCUCUCCACAUUUAGAACCAACGUGCAUUUAGAGUAAUUUGGCUGCUACAAAUGUCCACGUGACGAUAAGCCACUUCCGUUGAGCUCUCAUUUGUGAUAGAGUCGCUUCUGAAAAAGAGCUGUAUAGCUCAGUGGGUCCCAUACCUGGUAAAAGGUAAAAAUGUAACAAUCCGUUUCCAGAAGGGGAAAAAUGGUCCGUGAAGUCAAAACGACGCGCACCUGGGCUCGGAGAAACCUCGGCAGUGGCACCGUGGGGGUUCCGGGGCUCGGCUCCUAUUCACGUUGGUGUCAAGAGCAUCUUGGGUCAUGGUGGCAAACGGCGGGAGAGAGAGAAGGAGAGAGAGUGUGUGUGUGUGCUGUUUGGCAGAAGUAUAACAGCAGGAGCGGGGGUCCCACUCGUCAACGUGGUGUGCAGACAGCUGCCUCCUGGCUCACUGCCCAGCUCCCCAGGUCACAUCUCUCCCUGUCGCUUUGAUGACCCAAAGUUGGCCCGUGAGUGGUGUACUCGGUACAAAGACAAAGAUACCCCGUGUAGCCUUAACAGGCUGUUGGAGGCAAGUGCUUGUGAGCGAGCAGCGCAUGUGAAGGCCGGCAUGGCGCACGAUGGGGGUGGGUGGCCAGCACCACCGCACCAGGUACUCAUUUGAGGCUGAGUCCACCUAGGGGAGGCCCAAGACCGGCUCCGAUAAUCGCCACUGAAAGUUGUCGGUGGGAACUCCCGAAGCCCUCGGAAAACGACGCUCCAGACCGUGUGCUCGUGCAGGACGCGUGUGUCCGUGUUGCACAAGGCUGCGGUGGUUGCAGUGAAGUGCCGGACACGGCCACAGUCGGCGAGGCAACAGAAUGACAAUCGGCAAGGAGCAUCCACGCAGCAGCGAAGAGCCCCAUCAACCCGAAUACAAGAGUCGCAGGCGUCGAAUUAGUCUGAAACCCUUCGCUCGCGUGACCCAACACGUAGCCAAUGGAGAGGCCAAUGCUCUCGCGAAAUAAUCGCUGUUCCAAGAUUCCAAGCGAAUAGAUGGGACGAAACGGCCGUUCCCUGACUAAAACACGAAUUCCUCCAAAACUGCAAAUUUUUCAGCCGUGAAACUUCACUCUCUGCCACAAAUGCUGCCCGUUUGCAUCCGCUCCCUCUCUCUCCGAGUCCCGCCUAAAUCACUCCCCCCGCCCUCUGUAGUCCCGAGCGAAAAUCUUCGUUGGUCUCAGCCACUUUUCUCAGGGGUCGGCGUGACUUCGACCCUUUCCAGCGGUGCGUCUGUGCGUUAACGCUGACUUUGCCCUCCGCCCCGCCGACCAUUCCGGCGAUCUCCCUUGUGAGCGCCAGUCCGGUGUCUGCAACCUCUUGAGCCACUUUCCCCGAGAUCGGACGGAGCGAGACGGCGUAGCCCCCCCCCCCCCCCCCCCCCGAGGACACCGCGGCGAUGUUCGGUCGAUUUUGAGAGUCGUCGUGACGAAGCAGCGCUGCCGCACGCCCGAGGGUGGGAUGGGGGGGGGGGCACCUUGCCCGAUCUCGCGAGGAUGGCGUGACAAGUUUACAGCUCUGAAUUUAAAAGUGUAACUUCUGUAGUCGAUAAGUUGUUUGUUUUUUUCACUGCCCCCCCCCCCCCCCCACCACCACCCUGCCUCUCUCCCCUCACCUUCUCUGGCGUGAUCUCUCUGUCUCUGCCAAUUAUUGCCUCGUGGGCACUGACGCCGUGGGUGUGUGUCGCGUGGUGGUGUUAACUGCGGUGGGUUACUGCCUUUGUUGAUGAUGAUGUUCACAGCGAGAGAUACACCAGAGAUAGAAAUAUAAAUAAUAAUAAAAGACAAUAAUGUUGCUAUUUCCAGGAGUUAAGCUGCGCGUGGAUCAUAGGCGUUCGAGCCAGCCAUCUCUGCACCGAGCACGACUAAAGAACAAAGCGUAGCCGUGGUUUACACGUCUUUCUAAUCGUUAUUAUAAUUAGUAUCAUUAAAUGUCGUAGUUCUUGGCACACGCCUUUUCGAUGUCAUUUUCCAACCAAGCAUGGCUUUGCUGUUGAUAGCCUCUCCCUCCCCUCGUGGCUUUCUCGGUCGGGAGCAAAGUUUCGCGUCAGACGUCGCGCCAACGUUGGGUGGUGAACAUCAACGUCUGGCCGUUCGCGUUUGCCGGAUGCAUGAGGACGAGCAGAGGCGAGCGCGCGCGCGGUCUUGACGCCGAAUUCCCGCCGUGUGCAGCAGGAUCGAUCACUUGCAGCAGCAGCAGCUAGCAGCAGUUAACAGCAGCAGCAGCACGCUGGCUUGCACUGUGGGCUUACUUAAAAGCGUUAUUAAAUGUUUCGCUGCCGUGUCAUUAUAAAAUUUUUAUUGCGUUCACUUUUUCUACCCCCCCCCCCCCCCCCCCCAUUGUUUGCCCGUAGCGUCGCGUUUUUUUUUUAACCACGCAACUACUACUCUAGAACAAGCCGCUUGUACAUGCGUACAUACACACACGCAUAUCUAUAGAUGUAGAAACGCUGCCACACGAUUUGGGUAAAACCACAUUCGACAACUCGGGACGCACCACGGGAUUCCGCUACACGCCAGGGCGGGCGGUAGUGGGGGGGGGGCCCUGCUGCAAUAACACCAAUCUCUUUUGGGGGGCUCGCCCAUAUUCACUCUCUCGAGCGAUAUAUACAGGGUGCUUCACAAAAAAUGUUAACACUCACAUGGGACGAUCGAUGUUGAUGGAAAAAGAACGGAUAAUACACUGUAACAUGAUAACAAAUGUACAUUAAUAGCUUGAAAAAGUCAGUCUCCAUUGUCAACACGUUGCCUGGAAUCUUCUCCAGGUGGUCUCCAGAGCCCGGAGGCACAUUGCUUGUGGUAUUGUUGCAAAUUCUCAGAAGUGUUAACAUUUUUUGAAGCACCCUGUACAUCUAAAACAAUAUAUACACACUCGUGUGUAAAAUCUCCUGCUGUGCUGGUAGUUGCACUGCCCUGCACGCUUGACAGCUCCACCACGGUGGCUUGCUCGGCACCGUUGGGAUGGAGGUGGUGCGGUGAGGGUGUAGCACCCCCACCACCGCUGCUGCUGCUGUGUUCGGUGAAGCUGCCCCCCCCCCUGGCCAGAGGCUUCACGGCGCCCCCCCCCCCCAUAACGACCCUGUCCACUGCUACUCGAACAACGCUGUUUCGUCUCCCCGUUGUGCGCACCUCUACGCAGCAGCACGUUGUGCGCUUGAUACAGGCAUUGGGGUUAGGGUGUACUCGGCAAUUUUGGGGAAUUGUUGGGGGGGGGGGGGGCUGCGGAGGUUGCGUGAAGAAUUCCCCUGACCCCGUGGACCGGAUGGUGAACGGGCGACGGUUCGCCCGACGUUCACCCGACGUUCGCCCGGGUCGCGUGUGUGGAGGAGGGGACGGGCCAACGCACACAUCGCAAAAUGCGAUGGAUUGAAUACGCUGCGUGAAAGAUCAAAAAUGUAAAAUAGCAUCGCUUCGUGAACUGCAUACCCCCCCCCCCCAUCCUCGCUAACCCCCCCCCCCUCUCCGUAGGCAGUGUUGACGUGAGCCAUUCCCAUCCCACGGCGACUUCCCAGUGACAUGAUGACACAUACACACACACAAAUCCUCGUUCAAUUUUCCACACUUCCCUGCGCCCCCUCCCAACCUGACAAAGACGGCUUAUUUAAAUAACCCUGGAUCCGCCUGAAGGAAAUUAUCCCAUUUCCUCUUGGUUUAUAAGAAAAAACGUGACAGCUGGUUUUGUUUGUGUGGGUGGGGGGCGGUAGUGUAGCGGUUAGCGCGCUGCGCUACGAACCCAGAGAGCCCCAGGCUUGAUUCCCGCUCACGGCCAACACCAGUGAUGGAUUAUCUGGACCGGGCUUGGGCCUCCCCUAGGUCGACUCGGCCUCAAAUUAGUUCCUGGUGCGGUGUGUAUAAAACAUCGCCACCCAAAUCCCCUUUGUGUUUGGGGCUGGUAAUAUGCGGGGUAGGAUGGAUGGGUGUGGAGGGCCUGCAGACCAAAGUAAAUCGGAAGGUUGUGCACCGUGAAAGUUGUCAAGUACACACACGGUGUACUAAACACCACCUCCAUCACCUUGUCAUCUAAUUUGAACGAUUACACUUUGUUUUACCGGGUAAGGCCCACUGAGCUAUGUAGCUUUUUUUUCAGAAACGACCUGGCCAUCACAAUUGAUAGCUCAACAAAGUGGCUCAUCAUCACGUCAAAAUUUUACCGGCCAAAUACUCCCAAACGCAUGUCGAAAAUUUUCAAUGAUUGUGGGAGAAACCCGGAGGACCCGGAGAAAAAUCCACGUGACCACCAGGAGAGAGUCACCGCAAACUGCAAAUAUACAGCAGCAGGCGUCAGGGACUGGAUUGAACCCACGACCUCCUGUAGACCCGUGAGGUAGUUAACAUCUCCGAGCCACCGUGGCGCCCAUCUGAAUGCCCCGUGAAUGAACUCCGGCAGUGCGGCUGUACAGCACGGAGAAGCGCGCACCGUUAUUAUUGUAUACUACCCGGCCUUCGCGAAGUAAUAACAUUUUUUUGUACUAUAUUAUAAGAAAAGCGCGUUCACCAAUUCGACGCAAAUAGCGCUCCAACAAAACAGCUUUCCGGCGCAAGGAACCGCAGUCGACGGCCUCUUUGAGUGGGUUGGUCGGCUGCUAUUGUUUUUUUUCUUUUAAUGGAAAAUUUUUGCUAUCGGUGCGUCGUUGUCGUCGUGGUCACCCUGUCUGCGUGCGUGUGUGUGGCUGGUACCGUGCGCGGCGUUGAACGUCCGAUUACGUUGUGUGCACUUCCCCCCCCCCCUCCACCCCACACACCGUGUACACAACGUGAAGACUUCACCUGUUGAUUUGUCGUCGUAACAUUAACAUUCGUCCUCGUUCCCCUCCGUUUGUUUUUUUUUGCUGCCAGUUGUAGCAAUGACUGUAAUGUACGUUAUUAUGCAUUUUAAAUAUAUAAGCAAAAACAAAAAC